AUGGUUUUCACUGGGACAUCCUCGUCAUGGCUGGCGUCAGCAUUGACUCUUCUCUCGUUAUUUUCUCUCCUCCUCCCAACCAAUGCCCUUUACUUCUACAUGGAGGGCCGGCAUACAAAGUGCUUCUUUGAGGACCUGCCCAAGGAUACUCUGGUGGCCGGCCGUUUCGAGACGGAAGUCAUCAAUGCUCAGAGCGGUACCUACACGAUCGACCACGGCUUGAAGAUGCACAUCACCGUCGAGGAGACCUUCGACAAUGAUCACCGCGUUGUGUCCAAGCGGGACAGCCACUCUGGACGCUUUCAUUUCUCUGCCGCAGAUGCUGGCCAGCAUAGAAUCUGCUUCACACCUGAGACGGAUGCCACCUCCAGCUGGUUGUCCAACUCUCCGGGCGCCGUCAAGCUCACUGUCGACCUUGCCAUUGGUGAGACCAGCAAGAUUGAGACUGAGGACAAGGACAAAAUCAAGGAUAUCGUUCAGCGGGUCAAGGAUCUGAACAGCCGUUUGCACGAUAUCCGUCGUGAGCAGGUGUACCAGCGGGAACGUGAGUCUGAAUUCCGUGACCAGUCUGAGACCACCAACUCGCGUGUCGUGCGCUGGACUCUUAUCCAGCUCGCUGUUUUGUCCGCCGCCUGCGCCUGGCAACUCUCGCACCUCCGGUCAUUCUUCAUCAAGCAGAAGUUGACCUAG